CCCACCGCAUGACGUAACAGCCAGUCUGAAAGUGCAAUGGCGAUAUUGGACAAUAACAGCCAUCGCUUCAGGGGACCACAUCUAUAUUAUGUGGCUAUGGUCGACGGGAGCACGUCCAGCCGGCCGCAGAGACUCGUUUAGUGUCGGCGCAGCGCGCGAGCGUCGCCCCCUCGACCCGGACAAGUGAAUUCGCAGCCUCCGCACGCGAUGACAGUUUAGACGAAAACGCUGGUGCGACGUGUGAACAGACACCAUGGCCACACAGGAACCUUCCCCUCCCUCGUCCAUGGAGAGCAACAAGCCCGGCUUCCCCAAGAAGAUCCUGGGCAACAAGCUGGAGGACAAGCACCUGUGCAACUGCUGCCACAACAUCCUCCGACGGCCAUUUCAAGCGCAGUGUGGCCACCGCUUCUGCUCCUACUGCUUCAACAGGGCAGUGAGUAAUGGACCCCAGAAAUGCAGCGCCUGCAUUAAAGAGGAUAUUUUUGAGGAUCCUACGUCGAUUUUGAAACAAGGAUGUGCUUUUCCUGACAACGCAGUUCGAAGGGAGGUCGAAAACCUGUCCGCUGUUUGUAUCAAUGAAAGUUGCAAUUGGAAAGGCAGCAUUAAAGACUACGAGCUGACCCACGAGGGGAAGUGUGAGUUCAUGAUCAUCCCCUGCCCCUCCUGCAAAGAACGAAUCCGCUUCAACGAACAGGAGCGCCAUAACGAACGAGAGUGCCCGGAGAGAACGCUCAACUGCAAGUACUGCAAGGAGCCAUUUCACUUUAAAAAUAUCAAGGCACACGAUGAGAUCUGUCCCAAGUACCCGAUGAUCUGUGAAGGCUGCGCCAAGAAGAAAAUACCCAGAGAGAAGUAUGUGGACCACAUUAAGUUCUGCAGCAAAUUCAGAACACCGUGUCGAUUUCACGUCGUGGGAUGUGAUAUGUCCGUGGAGAAGGAAAAGAUUCAUGACCACGAGCGCGCCUACGCCUACGAGCACCUCAAUCUGCUGCUGCACUACAUCAUGGGCAUGAAGGUGAGCAUGGAGGGCCUGCAGCCCCAGGGACUGGAACUCGCUGGACACAAACUGGUGGAACUCCAACAGUCCCUCAGGGAACUCGAGGCCAGAGUCUCCCAGCUCAGCACCACCUCCUCUGGGCCUCCCGUGCAGGGAGCCGCCGCCGCCACCGCCACCGCCUCCACCUCCACCUCCACCUCCACCUCAUCCUCCAGCUCUGGUCCCCAUGGUCCACCUGCUUCAUCUCCUCUCCCCCCACCUCCCACUCUGGCCCCCACCCUCUCCGUGUCUACCUCUUUCACACCUUUGCCCAGCUCGGUGGGAGCGGCGCUGGAGCUCCAGCUCCACAGCGAGAAGACCAAAGUGGCCGAGCUGGGACGCAGGUGCACGGAACUGGAAGUCAAAUCCAGCACGUUUGAAAACGUGGUGUGCGUGCUGAAUAGAGAGGUGGAGAGGUUCGCCACCACCAUGGAGGCCAGUAACCGUCAGCAUAAGCUGGACCAGGAUAAGAUCGAGGCUCUCAGUAAUAAGGUGCGACAGCUGGAGAGGACAGUGGGGCUGAAGGACCUGACGGUUGCUGAGAUGGAGGGCCGGCUCAGGGAAAUGUCUGCCACCACCUUUGACGGCGUCUUUGUCUGGAGGAUCUCCGAUUUUGCCAAAAAGAGACAGGACGCCAUCGCUGGUCGAGCCCCUGCCAUGUUCUCACCAGCCUUCUACACCAACAAGUAUGGCUACAAGAUGUGUCUGCGGAUCUAUCUGAACGGAGAUGGGACGGGGCGUGGCAGCCACUUGUCCUUGUUCUUUGUGGUGAUGAGGGGACUGAGUGACGCUCUGCUCAAAUGGCCCUUCAACCAAAAGGUGACACUGAUGCUGCUGGACCAGAGCAACAGGGAGCACAUCAUCGACGCCUUCCGACCCGACGUCACGUCCUCGUCCUUCCAGAGACCUGUGAGCGAGAUGAACAUCGCCAGUGGCUGUCCGCUCUUCUGCCCACUCUCCAAGCUCGACGCCAAGAACUCUUACAUCCGCGACGACACCAUUUUCAUCAAGGCGAUUGUGGACCUCACCGGCCUCUAGAUGGGCCUCCACAGGGUGGGGACAGUUUGGCAAACCAGGCAGCUCUUUGACCAUUGUGGCUUCGUUUUGGCUCAAUCGUGGUCCUCCCAGGGCUCCGUUCAGGCAUUCUACUGUCCCCCUGCAGCUUUUGGGAGACAAACAUGCUUGCAGCUGUGUGCUGGAUGUGGCUUCAGUUUGCUCAGUCCAGGCGGCGCUGGCAUCGUCAUACCCAGUGGGUUCAAAGUGCGAACCACGGUCAUAGCUGUACAUUUUGGGAGCAAAACCUUUUGUUUUUCCUUCUGACAUCACAGCACCACUCCCAUGGUGAUGAAGUGUCACUUUCGAGUCUGCACAUACCUUUUAAGUUGAAGGACAGAAGACGUACGCACCAGUGCAGCGCAGUCGGCGCAGUGUCGAGUCGAGGCAGAUGUGUCACAGAACGCGCAGACUGCGUCAGACCAGGAUUGUAGAUUACAGGUAGUCCAAGUGAUCAUUCUGAUGUCGCUGUAGAAAGCUGGCGGUAGACGUGUAAAAGAGUUAGAGUGUGGCUUGAUGCAGUUUUAGCUUUUUCUUGCAGACUGUGGAUAUUGUGAGCUUCUCAAUUCCAGUGUCGAGUGAAUUUGCAUAGACAAACGUGGAGUUAUGUUAUGAAUAAGAUUACAGGCAUUUAUUUUUGCCUCUUUUUUUUUUUUUGCGCAAAGGUGCAUGCUGCUGGCGUUUUUAAGUAUAAAUUUGCUCCUUAAUCCGACCGAGCUUCACGAGGGUUCCUCGUUUGUCGUUAAACUUGUUAGUGAAUUAGCCAUCCGUGAUGGUGGACAUUGCCUGCAUGUCUUUGGAAACAGGCUAUUUUCAUGUAAAGUUAGUGUCGCGUAUUUGUUCCGAAUAGGGGUCGGUGGUUCUGAUCGGUGGUUUGGUACAUCUGUGGAAGAUACAGUGAAGUUACCAAGGAGUCAGGGCAGCUUGCCAGUCAAGCCUGAGGCAUUAAAACUCACCUGUGUUCUUGUCUCUGACAAAACACACACACAGCUGCAGUUUUUCCCCCAGGACAUGCUCACUAGCUCACAUCUCAACACAUAGUACUGUGCCCCACCACAGACUGAAGUCAACACAGAUUCCAUGAAAUGAGGGAAUUGUCCGUUCCUUGUUUUCUGUCCUUACGGUAUACAGUGCAUAUGUGUUUCUGCUGCUCUGAGAUAGAAAACUGAUGUGAACCUAAUAUAUAUGUUGGUGCAAAUAUACUUGAGGUAAAUGUGUGUGGAGGGCGAGAGGCUGAAAACAAGAAGUUGCGAUACCUUUUUUGCAGGCGACGGGCCGUUGUUGACUUAAUUUAUUGCAGACUGAUGUUCAAGUGCAGCCCCGGAUUAUUAAUCGAUAAAUCCAAGUGUUUGAGUGUGCUUUCACCUAUUUCCAAUUAGGCACCACUAAUCGAAACACAAAAUCUCCAGUAUAUCAGAGAUGUUUCUGUAAUUUUCCGCUUGUCCGCCAGGGAUUGCUGUUCUACUUACUUAGCAUGCAUGCUGAGGUCUUAAAAGUUCACGCUGGCCUGUUUGAAAACCAGUCUCGACCUGUAUUGAAACCUCUCUGUGCAUGGGAGGCUUCAAUUCAUAUUCACUAUGGAGUUUCGCCCGGUUUCCUCUGUGACCCACGCGCGAAAGCAUUGAUUUGUAUUUGUUUGGACGAAGAAGACCUAAUCAUAGAAUAGUUAAUUAUGUUAUAUCUGGCGCUGCCGUCUACUCCAACGGACGCAUCCGCCUAUAUUCAUAGCAAUUUAUAAAUAUGUAUCUUUCAUAUCAUACAGUUGAAAUAUUCUAUAUAUCAAUGUUAAUAUACACAAGAUGUUAUAAUAAACAUAGUAUUGCUGAAUACCUUAUAAAUUCUAUAUCUAUAUACCACCUUUUUGUUUGUCAAGAUGGUUUGAACAGGCCAGGACAACCCCUUUGUGCAGUAGGACUUAGGAUUCCUUCUAGAGUGCAAUAUAUGAUUAUGUCUUAGUUAGGUUUUGAUGACAUCUUGGCUUUAAGGGUUUACAGAGGUGAGGCUCAAUUUGUUUGUUGCCAUUUGUUUACAUGCGCCGGAGAACUGCAAAUUAUUUAGAACUUUCCUUGGAACUGUGGUGCUUUCCUCGUCAUUAAGCAUACAUCCGCUGAUAUCACUAACAUGGGAACCUCUAGCCAGUAGCUCCUCGUGAAGCUAACUGGCUCAGGGAGCUGAUGAUUUUUUAAGAAAGUUCAUUUGAACGUUGAGGAAUUCCUGCUACCUACAGUGAGCGGGUUUCUAUCUUUAACUCUAAAACCUUUCAGUGACGACUGAGCGUGUAAUAAGUAAGAUUACAUGAACUUUUUCAAAUCUCCCGUGUUCUUGUUAUGUGCCAAAAUCUGAUUUUACCUCCACAUACUAACAAUGUUGUAUUGCAAGUUGUCUUUUAUGUUCUAUGCUAAGAUACAGUGCCAAAUAUACAGUAUUUACAUUUAAGUUUGUAUGUAUAUGUGUGUGGGCGUGUGUGGGCGUGCACGUGUGCCAUUUUACAAUGAUGCAUGGGUCACUACUGAGGUCAGGACCAGAGAAUAUAAUAAGUACUGUCCCAUGAAAUUGUCCUCAAAUGACCGACCCUCCUGAGGUUUCUGAAUGUAAGCUUUAAUUCAUUUUUUGAAAAACACAAUGGCAGUUCUGUGAUGUGAUGCAGUUGACUUGAAUCAACUUUAUUUGUGCACUUUGUAUUGGUUGUUUGUCCAAACAGGGUAUUUUGUUGAGUGAUUUGUGUACCUUGAAAUCAGAGCCAUAUAUAUUCUGAUGUUGAUAAUUGUAUGUAUUAUGCUAAAAAAAAAAAAAAGGACAUGCAGUAUGUAAUAAAGUUUGUUGGUUUCAGCUUUGAAA